CAGGUGUGGAUGGUGAUGUCCCUGGUCUGAUAGGUCCUGACAGAAUCUAACUCGUGGAAGACAAAAACGGGGCUAGAUACCCCUCUACAGCCAGAGAAAGAUGCCCUUCAAAGGAUUUGGCACUCUGAAGGAGACUUUCUUCCAACCAGUCAAAGAGGAAACUAAACACAGCGUGGGAGACACUCUGGGGCAUAUUCAAAGAGCUGUGGAUGGCACAAAUGUGGAGAAAGAGGAAGACAUUGAGUUGAAUGAAGAUGGCCAGCCGGUGAAGAGGGUGGUCCUGAAGCAGCCAUUGUGUGACUGCUACUGCUUCGGAAUGCCCAAGCGAUAUAUCAUUGCCAUCAUGAGUGGACUCGGAUUCUGCAUCUCCUUCGGCAUCCGGUGCAACCUGGGCGUGGCAAUCGUGGAAAUGGUCAACAACAACACAGUCUACGUGAACGGCAAGGCCGAGAUUGAGAAACCUCAAUUCAACUGGAAUCCUGAGACAGUGGGGCUGAUUCACGGCUCCUUUUUCUGGGGUUAUAUUGUGACUCAAAUCCCAGGGGGCUUUAUCUCUAAUAAGUUUGCUGCAAACAGAGUUUUCGGAGCUGCGAUCUUCCUGACAUCCACAUUGAACAUGCUCAUUCCAUCCGCAGCAAGAAUACACUUUGGCUGUGUCCUGUUUGUGAGGAUACUCCAGGGUCUCGUGGAGGGAGUCACCUACCCAGCAUGUCACGGGCUUUGGAGCAUGUGGGCCCCACCACUUGAACGGAGUCGAUUGGCUACGACGUCAUUCUGUGGUUCCUACGCUGGAGCUGUUGUGGCAAUGCCACUGGCAGGGUUGUUGGUCCAGUACAAAGGCUGGCCUUCAGUCUUUUAUGUCUAUGGAAUGUUUGGAAUGAUAUGGUACAUAUUCUGGCUGCUGUUUGCCUAUGAGAGUCCUGCAAAGCACCCAACAAUAACGAAUGAGGAGAGAACGUACAUCGAGACCAGUAUUGGGGAAAGGUCCAGUCUAAUCAACGCAGCACAGAAAUUCAGGACCCCCUGGUUAAAGUUCUUCACUUCCAUGCCCGUUUACGCCAUUGUUGUGGCCAAUUUCUGCAGGAGCUGGACCUUCUACCUGCUGCUCAUCAGCCAGCCUGCCUACUUUGAGGAGGUGUUUGGUUUCCCCAUCAGCAAGGUGGGUAUACUAUCGGCUGUGCCUCACAUGGUGAUGACCAUCGUUGUCCCAAUCGGUGGACAAAUCGCCGAUUUCCUGAGGAGCAGAAAUAUUCUCUCCACCACAACCGUCCGGAAGAUCAUGAACUGUGGAGGAUUUGGGAUGGAGGCUACCUUACUGCUGGUUGUUGGUUACUCCCACACCAGAGAAGUUGCCAUCUCUUUCCUGGUACUUGCUGUUGGAUUUAGUGGAUUCGCAAUUUCUGGGUUCAACGUGAAUCACUUGGACAUUGCCCCUCGGUAUGCUAGUAUCCUGAUGGGGAUAUCCAAUGGUGUGGGAACACUGUCGGGAAUGAUUUGCCCACUAAUUGUUGGAGCAAUGACAUCACACAAGACCCGGGAGGAGUGGCAGCAUGUCUUUGUGAUCGCCUCAGUGGUCCAUUACAGCGGCGUCAUAUUCUACGGCAUCUUUGCCUCAGGGGAGAAGCAGGACUGGGCAGAUCCUGACCAGGGCAGUGAAGACAAGUGUGGCAUCAUCGGUCACGAUGAGCUGGCAGAGGAGACUGAACUCAGUGAAGACAACUACAUCAGUCCAAAGAAAAAGAUGUCCUAUGGUGCUACCAGCCAAAUUAAUGGAGCACGGAUAGAGAGCUGGAGAAUGAGGAGGGGAAAGGCACAUGAGGAACUGGUAGAUGAUCAAAACAGUUAUCAUUGUGAGAAUGGGGACUAUCGAGAUACAUCUCAGUGAGUUCAUGUGAUCUGGACUAAAUGCUGUGACUGAAUACCAAGGUUCAAGGCGCAGUCUGUUUUAUUGGCUUAUAAAUGUUAUAUUUAAC